AAUAAAAUAGUUUUUUGUCAGCGUAAUAUUGCUGGAAAUAAAUGUAACCAAGUAGAGGGAAAUAGACUUAACAGCGUAUGAUUCUAUGCAUUAUUGUCAACGAACUGAGUCUUGCUGGGCGAUUUAUUCAUACCCGAGUAAAACAUGCUCGUCUACAUUAUGGAAUAAAGGAUGUAAAAGUUUAAGGUGUAUUUCUAAAGGUUAAGAUGUUAUUUUUCCAGUUGAUGAUUCAACACACCAUUUUUUCUGUAUAACUUCCAGAAUGCAUCGGAUUGUAUGAUUAACGUUAGCUAAUACGUGGAACUUAAAAAUAUCAUUUGGAUUAACCUGAUAUAAUCAAUGACGGAAAUUGUAUUUCACGUGCUCUGCCCACCUACAGUAAGACGACGUAUAAUUCAUAAGCGACGAGGGAUAUAAAGUACAGACACUGAUGGUGUUCAUGAGUAUAUUGCGAAGUUAGCUAUCCCAAACGCUUUAAAUAAAAUACAUUUGUACAUAGAAUUCCAUUAUUUACUAAUGAGGAGCUUGCAGAUACAGAGUUAAACUUAUCUAAGUCGAUUGAAAAGCAAAUCGAAUCCAGAGAGGACUCCAUUAUCUAGUCUCAAAAUAGCAUUAAUAUGUAUGGGUGGACUUUUAGAUGUGUAAAAUAAAUGGACUACUGAUGACUGUACUUCAUGCGUGUCUCAAGGAAAGUUCUAUGAGAGAUAACGAGGCCAAAUUAAAAAUUGAUUACGGAACAAAAGAAGAUUGAAUACCCAUCAAGGGAUCUUUUUCGGAUCACAGAUUGACAAAGUUAACACGUACUCCUUGUCUGAUCUUGAUUUACUGACUUCUAAAUGAGAUACAUAUGGUCGAUAAGAAGACAUUUAGUUCCCGUUGUGACAGGACUUCGCCACAACAAAUGAUUACUAUUCUAACGUAUGAUGGGGAUCAGGGUAAAUGUGCUAAAGCUUAUGUGAUGACAUCUGACGACGAGGACUUUAUCGCCCUGAGACCUUUGGCCUACCAGCGUGGUGCAAAGCCGGAAUUCGUUCAUAAAUUAUCUGAUGAUUCUGAUUCCGACGAUAAAUCCCUCAAAGACAUUGCAGUCGAGUUUGCGAAUGAGACAACUCUUCAUGGUGUACCAAAAAUCAUAAAAGACCGCUCGUGUGGAACUCGACUCUUCUGGUCUUGCGUGUGUUUAAGUGCUUUGUGUAUGUUUUUUAUACAAGCAUCUACACUUAUGGGGAAAUAUCUAGACUACAAGAAAAAAGUUGACAUUGAAGUGUUAGAUGACCCUGCUCCUUUCCCAUCAAUAUCUCUGUGCAACAUACGUCAUAUAGACGCCAUCCUUUUCGAGGAGAUACAGGGUUACAGUCAACAACAUUAUAUGAAAGUUUUAGAAGUCAUGGAAGCCAGUAAGAAUCCAAACUACGUCAGGAACAAAACUGUUGAAGAAGACAAACCAUUCUAUUGGACUUCUUUAGAAACAUCCAUUAAUGUACAGGGGUAUCUCAGUACAAAGCCAGAACUAGUUAAAGAACUCGGCUUUGAUAAUAUCAAUGAUAUAGCUGAAAUUAUGUUUACACGUGAAACUCCUGCCGCAAAUAUUGAUAAAGAUAAGGUGACUCAGUUCGGAAUUGAAGCGAGAGAGUUCAUAAUUACCUGUGUCUAUUCUGGAGUUAGGUGUAACUACAAAGAUUUCAAACGAUUUUUUCAUCCAUUUUUCUACAAUUGUUUCACAUUCAACACAUCAUCGGUUUUGACUGAUAACAGUACCACAGGAAGGAGUUUCUCACUCAUAGCGUUCCUUGGUAAAAUGUUUAGUAAAGACUCGACAAAAUUAGACAGAGGGGAUACAUUCGGGGACGCAGUGUAUAAUAGCGAUGGGUUGCGUAUCGUGAUUCACUCGUCCAAUAGUGAACCCGAUCCCAUCAAAGACGGCUUUAAUAUACCAUCAGGGUUUUCAGCGUCCAUUGGAGUAAAAGCGACGCGAUAUGAGCGUAUAGAUUACCCAUAUGGUAACUGCUCGGAACAGGGCUCACUCAGUAUGGAUAAUGGAAUAUAUGACUAUACCCUGAUAUCCUGCCAAAACCUUUGUCUUCAAAGAGAAAUAAUUGAACACUGUCGAUGCACAGAUAUAGCUCUACCAAUACCUAACAACGUCAAUGUAUCAUUUUGUCAGGAUAUUGAAAACCCUCCAAUAUUUGAUUGUCUAGAAGACAAGGCCAAUGAAUGGAAAUGUAACGACGCUAUACGAAGAUCAUGGAAUAAAUUCAAGUGUAUGCGAUCCGUGAAAGGGAGAGUGUCUAUUACUCAACUUGCCAAGCAGAAAUGUCGUUGCUAUCCGCCUUGUCAUGAGAUUACGUAUGGUGUCUUCCAUAGUCUUACAUCUUGGCCUUCAAUGGACCAAACCAUCCCAACAAUGGAGAAGGUCAUUACCGGAGACUUCAUGCAGCGAUUCACAACUGACCACGAGAGGAACCUCGUGUGGGAGAACUAUUUCCCAAACUAUAGCAAUGAUACAGAUUUAGUGAAACUCUAUCUGGAGACGAAUAACCUCACUGUACAACACGAUCUUACUCACGUAUGUGCGAGCUUUUUGAAAGAUUUCUCCCACGUGUAUGUGUACAUUGCUGACGAUAAUGUAGUGAAGAUUACAGAAUCGGAGUUCUACAGUGGGGUCCAACUUGUAUCUGACAUCGGAGGACAGUUAGGCCUGUGGGUCGGGAUAUCUGUGGUGACGUUGGCGGAGUUACUACAGCUUUGUGCAACACUAUGUGGUUUUUUAUGCAAAAAUAAACACAGUAAGAAGUUUAAAAACGAGUUCAGGCGAAAAUCCAUACGACGAAGGCAGAGAUGUGCAUCCGUGCGGACGAAGAGAUGCCAAAAUCACAAACCUAGAUCACGGUCUCUCUCAAAUACACGAGAAAAUGGUACAGAAAUAAAAAAUCUCCUGCUCAAAAAUAAAAGUUAUUAUGUUAACGUUUAGCCGACACACUUGUGACUUCAGCAUACUUUGAAUGACACCUCAACACGUACAACUAAAACUACGAG